CACCAAUCACAGCGCUCCAUCUGUAAGCAUGGCGUCGGACUUUAGGUGGAAGUGUCUUGCACUGCUCCUCUGCACACAAUUGUUGGUUGUAAUCGGGAGCGAUGGUCCAAAUAAACCCAAGAAAAAGAAGGACAUCAGGGACUACAAUGACGCGGACAUGGCCCGUCUUCUGGAGGAGUGGGAGAAGGAUGAUGACAUCGAGGAAGGGGACCUCCCUGAACACAAGAGGCCGCCGCCCCAAGUGGAUUUCUCUAAAGCCGACCCCUCCAAGCCCGAGGAACUGCUGAAGAUGUCCAAGAAGGGCAGGACACUGAUGGUUUUUGCCAGUGUGUCAGGAGAUCCCACUGAGAAGGAGACAGAAGAGGUCACCAGCCUCUGGCAGGGCAGUCUCUUCAAUGCCAACUAUGACAUCCAGAGGUUCGUGGUGGGCUCCAACCGAGCCAUCUUCAUGCUCAAGGACGGUGCGCUGGCCUGGGAGGUGAAGGACUUCCUGGUGCAGCAGGAACGCUGCCUGGACGUCACCGUGGAGGGACAGGUGUUCCCUGGGAAGGCCGGGAAUGCAGAGGGGACCAAAGAGCCCCACCCGGUUGGCUCCAAGAAGAAGAAGAAGAGCAAAAAGGAGGGCAAGAAGCCAGACCUGCAGGGCAACAAGGCAAACAAGCAGGAGCUCUAAUGGGGUGUUUCAGAAGACUCAAAGGACUCUUGGUCAUCUUGGUUUACCGUGCCUCUUCCUCAUCACAGAUCUGACCAGGGUUCAAUUCUAACAAAUCUGUUUGGGAAAAAAGUGACUGAGCGUUUAUCCGUUUCAUGGGUUAUCAUUCAGAAGUGAAUAACUUGUUACCUCCAGCGGAAUCCAGUCUCCUUCUGUUAUAGACAACCCUGAGAACAGGAGUUCACGAUUUGUCCUCGACCAUUCACAGGAUCAGUAUUCGAUUGUUCACCUUCUCCGGUUGCAAUCAUCUCCAUGAGGACUUUUCAAAAUUGUUUAUUUUUUUUUAUCACACAGGUAAUUCAUGUUCUUUAUAAUCCCCUUUGCAUUAAGUUGCACAUGUACUUUAGUAGUUCACAUAAUGUAAACGUGUUUUGUCUGUCAUGGGGGCCAGUGCAGCCCGGCGUGGUCAACAUGAAUACGCAUUGAUACUUUUUUUCUAUCCAAAUGUGUCCGAGAUCGUUUUUUUGUCCAUGGUCUAUGCAGAUACAUCAUUCUUGACGGCAAACUCCAUGUUAUUCACAUUUUUGUUGUUCACCAAAUAGCACUAUUCUGUUCUGUGAUUCAACAAAUGAUUAAAAUGAUUUUAUGUACAA